GUUCGCUUGGGUGACCUGGGCCUGGGAAACUCGUCCCUUGGAGAAAGGCGCGAAUAUGCUUCGUCUGUCAAAGUAACAAAGCCUCUUGUUGAACAAAUUGUAUCUCAGUCACAUCAGUUACGUGAAGAUUCCCUCACAAAACUAGCACAACAGGAACUAAUAAGUGAAAGAUCAAAGGAACUUGAAGACAGGGCAGAGCGUAUUAAGGAGAGGGCACUAAGAAAGACUCAGCGAGCAUUAGAUCUGGCGACAAAAAAGGGAUCAUCAGCAUGGCUUACAGUGCUUCCCUUCCAGGAUUUGGGCUUUAACCUGAAUAAGAGGGAAUUCCGUGAUGCUGUUAAACUACGCUACGACUGCCAGUGGAAGAUAUCCCCUCCAUGCACAUGUGCUUGUGCGGAGGCCUUUACCGUUGAUCACUCUAUCAUUUGCAAACUAGGAGGUUUUAUUACUCAACGCCACAACGAGCUAAGAGAUCUCGAAGCUGACUUUCUGAGUAUGGUGUGUAACGAUGUGGAGAUCAAGCCAGUACUUCAAGACAUCUCCGGCGAA